AUCCGAGGGGAAGAAGAAGAAGGAGCACCCGGCGGCGCCGCAACGUCAGAGAUGCUAGCAUCUUAACAAAAGAAAACUGCGAAUAUUUAAAGGUUCCGAGUACAUGUAGGUGAGUUGUAAAUUUGGGGUUUCAAUCUAGUUCUUUGUAAGUGUUGUGCUUUUGUAUGCCGUAACUGCUUUUGUCCUUAAAAAGCAGAAGUUAUGAAGUUUGCAGGCCGACCGUGCAGACAGACUUAAUCCAGCAGACAGCUUCACUGUCAUUUUUAAGAGGAUGACUCGGUUUUUUAUCCGCCUCCUGGUUGCAGGCUGCAGGUGGAGAGAACAUUUUUAAAAUUAGAAGCGGUAAAAGACGCGUAAACCUAAAAAAAAUCACAUCAGAAACAUAAAACAAACAGCUCUGACAGAUUCCCUCAGGUUAUUAUUGAUAAGAAUCAGAUGAAUCUGCUCGAGUUAAAACGAUUGGGGAGUAAAAAUGAUCAGAUUAUUAGAUUCCAUCAUGGAUUGUGGAUAUUUGCAUCAGUCAUCUAUAAGUUAAAUGCUGAAUAUUUUGUUUUUUCAACUGUUAAAACAUAAUGGAGUAAAUAGCAUGUGAAUGUAAAGGAGAUUUUGAUGGUAAUUUUAUGUCCAUUUAUGGAUAUGGAAAGUGAAAGCUCAAGAAAAGUUCAGGAAAUUAUAUGCAAAUACAGGGAUAUUAUUAUCAAAUAAAUUGACUAAAUAUGGACAUGAAUUUUACCUCAUGACUAAUGAAAUUGGACUUCAAUUCGCAGGCCUUGUUUUUAACUGAGCUUUUGUUUUUUAUUUAUUUGUCAAAGCACUUUGUAAACUUCUGUUUUUAAAAAGUGCUUUUAAAAUAAAGUUUUUAUUAUGAUAAGAUCUUGAAAUCAUUUGAUACUGUUUUCCUGUAUUUGAUGUGAUAUUUAUAGAUAUUAAAAGUUUUCUGCACACGAAACUUCAGCAGUUGCCGUCCCCAUGUUACUUACUAAAACAAGUGGAUUUAUGUUAAAGAUUAGAGUCUUUAAAGGUUUUUUUUUAAUUAAAAAGAGUAAUGUGCUUGGUUUGAAUUCUAUAAAAGUGGGUCACGACUUAAGGACCAUCAUGCAUUAUCACCUUGAAUGUAAUAUUUUUUUUCUAAUUUGCAUUUUCUGCUGUGUUGAUUAAUUUCAGCAAUUUUUUCCCCCCAUUCAGAGAGAUGCUGACGUCCUCUUCCAAGUGAUCAGAGUCACCAUCAUCAGAUCAGUGAAAACAAGAUUUGUUUUAGACCAGUCAUGGCCACCAGACAGCAGAAACCUGUCUCAGCUGCCGAGGGCUCAUCAGAGACCAGAAGAACAGACAUCAGAGCCAGUGAGAAGAAGUGCUGUGAGUGCUCUGUUUUCCCUCCAUGCACCCUGACUUAUAAACUCCUCUGUGUUUGCUAUCAAACCUUGUGCAUCUUGACUUUUACAUUGUUUGAUAUCACUCAGUCAUACUGUGUUGUGGUUUGUUGGAAAUUUGCUGCUUUGUUGUGCACGAGCAAAGAAAGCCAGCACUAAUUGUAAAGCCUUACUUUGGUGCACCCUCUGUCAUUAUCAUAAUGGUAUGUAUACAAUGGUGCGUGUAUUUAUAGUGGCAGAUAAUACAACAAAUACCUUCCACGCUUAGAAUACAGUAACAAGGAGGGCCUGUAAAACAUCACAGAGUAUGGCUUGGUUUUGAUCCACAGUCAGACUUUCAGCAAGUCUAAAGAGGGGAACGUGAGAUGGAUUUUAAAAGAUUGUAUCAAAAUAUGUCUCGAAUACAAAGCGAUCCUGUCCUCCAGGAUCUUGAACAUGCAGCCACCUGUUUGGAGAAUUUUGAGUCAAGUCUGGUCCUGCCUGGUUUUUCAUUGGACAUUUCUUGGCAGAAGUGAGAAUUGUCUUUCACACAUGGAGGAGAAGUUACUGUGAGUACUUUCCAUUUCAUUCCCCAGCCAACAAGGUUAGAUCUGCAGUGAACUGUGUUAAUGAGCUGCAGAGACUCUGAGAAAUAUUAACCCGAAGUUCAGAGUAGAAACUGGUAUGACGGAAAUGCUUCAUUAAACUUUAGCCAGCUGGUCUAUUUCCACUACAGGGAUGACAUUAGGUUAUUUUACAGCCCCUCCUCUCUUUGCUGCCCCUUUAUUACACACGCAACAUUUUAGGUUGAUCUUUAAAGCAAACAUGAGGGUAAAUCAAACAAAAAAAGUGCUUGUCAGGAAAUCUCUUUGUGUGCUGUGUGACUAACAUAUGUCAUUGUGUUUGUGUGUGCUGCGGGCACGAUUGUUGUAUGUGCAAACUGCAGCAUGGGCCUCUUACAUGACCAACUCUCCAACGGUGAUUGUGAUGAUCGGGUUGCCCGCCAGGGGGAAAACCUACAUGUCCAAGAAGCUGACCCGCUACCUCAACUGGAUCGGAGUGCCCACCAAGGGUUAGUACAGAAGCAGAUUUAACGUCUGAGGGCGGGGAAAUAUCAGAUGCAGUAAGGUGAAAGUGUUUUAUUAUUUAUGGCGGCGUAAAUGAUCAGGGUUGCACUAUUACACAUGGUUCCUUUUAUGAAGGCUCUCAUUUCAUACUGAGAAAUUACUUCCCUGUGCUUAAGGCUACACUUUGUUAAUGUGGCUGUAUUUACCUCAACACCCCUGAUUUAGUGUCUCUGUUUGUCGUGGAGUCUUUAUGGUUUCACCUGAAUGGAAUGUCAAACCUGAAGAGCCGGUUUCACAGAGUCAGAUGUAGGUCACAGCCCUGAUAUACUAUACAACAUACAUUUUCACUGCCUUUGUGUGUCUUUCUCUGACUAUGUCCUUUGUAGUGUUUAACCUGGGAGUGUAUAGAAGAGAAGCAGUCAAGUCGUACAAGUCCUAUGACUUCUUCAGACAUGACAAUAAAGAAGCAAUGGAGAUAAGAAAGUGAGUAAGAAUAGUUCCAAUUCCAAUCUGACUGCAUACUUUGAUUAUCAAACACACUUACAACAGCACAUUUUGUCUUGUAGAAACAGUUGGCAACAUGCUGCUUUGAUUUUUAGAUCAAUUUUCUCCCCCUUUUUUAACAGGCAGUGUGCUUUGGUGGCUCUGCAAGAUGUGAAGGCCUAUCUGAACGAAGAGGGAGGCCAGAUUGCUGUAAGAGCACACAGAAACUGAGACAUCUGUGUUCUCACAGAUGGGGAUCAUAUUUGCAGACAGUUCAGCAAGAUGUACACGCAAGCAAACAUUCCCACGUAGAGGUUUAGUCUGUUUUUUUACAGAGGAUAAUGGAAGCAAAUUUCAACUGCGAUCACCCUAUCAGUAAAAAAAAGAGGCAGACAGGGAUUAUGUAGUUCAGGAUGAAGUACUUGUAGCUGCAAGAAUCUACACUUACAGUUAGGCAAAUCUCAUCUGUCGGGGUUAAGUAACAUACCAACAAUCUCAAUUGUGUUGGCACUUAUACAAGACUUUUGUAAUGUUAUGUUGACACAUCCUGUGUCGUCCGUUAGGUUUUUGAUGCCACCAACACCACCAGAGAGAGACGGGAACUCAUCCUUAAUUUUGCUAAAGAUAACGCAUACAAGGUGUGUGAUUUAUUCAUGAUGCUAAUCCAACUCAUUAAGAUCGCAUCUAUUUUUAAGUAAACUUUGAAUCUCUAAUGAUAACUAUGUUUUAUCAGGUGUUUUUUGUCGAGUCGGUAUGUGACGAUCCUGAUGUCAUCGCUAAGAAUAUUAUGGUAAAUUCACUUUUUUGGUUGUUUUUAAACUUUUUUAAAAGUUCAGUUAACUUAUAUUUCUUGGUGACUCAUCUCUGCAAAUGUUUCAUCCACACAGGACGUGAAGGUGUCCAGCCCAGACUACCCUGAGAGGGACAGAGAGAGUGUCAUGGAGGAUUUUCUGAAGAGGAUAGAGUGUUAUAAAGUGACAUACCAACCUUUAGAUCCAGAUGAACACGACAAGUACAAAAAUGAUUAAUUAUCCAUCACCAAGCUUUUAAAUUAAGGUUUAAGUUUUCUUUGUUUAACACUUUUAAAACGUUGUCCGUUCUUCCUAUCAGGGAAAUGCUUUAGUUUUAACAUGUACAUGCAGAGACUGACCAGCAGGUGGAGACAAAGAACUCUUUUGUAAAGCAGAUCAUUUUUAGAUGCAAUUCAAAUCCAAAAGAUCUGAUAAAUGUUCCUGCUGUCAGAGAUUUGGAUCCUGAAGUUUCAUAAAAGCCUGAUUCAGCCCACAUACUGGCUCUGCUGUGGAGUAUUUGUUUGUUAAAUCACAGCAUUUGCAGAAAACUGUUUCCUAACAGAGCAAAGAUUCACAUGCUUCAUUCUGAGUGUUCGGAGGACAUGUAGUUGUUGAUGUCCUUGAACUCACUUUGAUUUUCUGAGGAAGGCCUGAGAUAAAAUCACAGGAUAUUUAGUCUAAACUGAAAGUACAAAACAUCCCUCCCCCAACCCUAUUCACUCUUCAUGGUCUCCAGUUUAGUCUAAAUAUUUGACUCACUUUCUGUUUUUGUCUUCGGCUCUUUUUGCCUGCGCAGGAACCUCUCCUUCAUCCAGGUCAUCAAUGUUGGCCGCCGUUUCCUUGUCAACAGGGUGCAGGACUACAUCCAGAGCAAAAUAGUGUACUACCUCAUGAACAUCCACGUCCACUCGCACUCAAUCUACCUCUGUCGGCACGGAGAGAGCAAUCACAACAUGGAGGGUCGCAUCGGGGGGGACGCUGAGCUGUCAGAGAGAGGAAAACAGGUGGUCUAACCAAUCAUAUCAGUCACUGAAGAUUUUAGGAAGAGUACAACACACUCAGUUUCAAGUUGACGGUUUCAGUUUUUUUUUUUUUUUUUACUGAUACAGGGUCUGACGUCUCCUCGAUAUGUUUUCUUUGUCAGUUUGCAGCAGCGCUGAAAGGUUUUGUGGAGGAGCACCAUCUGUCAGACUUGAAAGUUUGGACGAGCCAGCUGAGACGCACCAUCCAGACAGCAGAGGAGCUGGGAGUCCCCUACGAGCAGUGGAAGAUCCUCAACGAAAUCGAUGCUGUACGCCACCUCAUAAGUCAAAGAACUCCCACACACAUGCACACACAAACACACACAGAUGUGGAGGGUUUCAUGUCUUUGUUAUUUCAGGGAGUGUGUGAAGAGAUGACGUAUGAGAUGAUCAAGAAAACGUAUCCAGAAGAGUUUGCCAUGAGGGACCAGGACAAGUACCACUACCGCUACCCAGGAGGCGAGGUAAACGCUGUGUUUCGGAUUCAGCCAACAGUCUUGCAUUGAGGAUUUCACUGAUACUAUGAUGUUACACUGUCGGUUGUGGUGUUUUGUGUGUUUUAAGUAACUAGAAACUUGCAACAAAAGCAAAAGUAAAGAGACAAAAUCCUCUCUGUAUUCUUUCUUAAUCUUUAGUCAUACCAGGACCUGGUGCAGCGGCUGGAGCCAGUGAUCAUGGAGCUGGAGCGGCAGGGAAACGUCUUGGUCAUCUGUCAUCAGGCUGUAAUGCGCUGUCUGCUUGCCUAUUUCCUGGACAAGAGCGCAGGUUAUAUUCACAAAAGAAGCAUAACGCAUUUUUUAGUUUAGCUAAAACUUCACCAAUUCAGAGUCUUCAUAUCCCACAUCCAUUUUUUUUGACUAAGUUUCAAGUGUGUUGUUUGGUACUGGGACCAACUCUAAAUAAAGUUAGAUGGAAUAGAGAUAUAAUAAAUAUGUGGAAAUGGUUGAACUCUGCAGGAUCACAGCUGUAACUAUGUGCCAGCUGAGAUUGUAAUAUAACCACAAGGGGGCAGCAAAGUUCUGUACUUUUUUAAAUCCACACAUGGUGACUUCCAGAAGCUGUUUUUAUUUAGACAUAAAUCCAAAUUUGACCUCUGCAGUUGUGAGUAAUAGGAGGAAAGACGAAUGUGAACUCAAAGUUUACAAAUUUAGGUUGAAUAACUUCCAGAAGUCUGAAAUAUUCUGCAUCUGAAGUUGUGAUCAACUUGAGCUUGUGGGAAUUUACUGGUAUUUUUAGAUGGUGAUGUUCAUCAGAGUGUUCAAAGUUUUGAAGAUAAAUCAUGAAAUAUCAGCAAUACUCAGCAGGAAUGGUGACUACUUAAAUUCUGCAGAUGUUGAUUCCAAAAUUGUAAAACCAACAAAACUCUUCUUGCCUGAAGAGACAAUCCCUGCUUGAAAUAUCAAACAUGAAACUAAACCACACAGUUGCCUAAGUUCUAAACAAGAACUCAAAACUUGGUGCUUGACAUGAAACAUGAAAUAAACCAUGUCCAGUAUUGUCACGGUGAUGUAAAGCAUGAAUAAUAACUGGGUGGUUAGAGUGGAAAAUGUGGCUCAGAAACAAAUCCAUAAUUAGUUCUGGGCAGAUGCAGGGUUUCGUCAGGGAGCAGAGGAAGUGGUACAUGCUGCAGCAUGUGUUUAAAUCUGUAACCACAGCCAAACCAGACAGAGUGGGUGCAGUUUUGGCUGGCAUUUCAUCCCACUGCAUCCACCCAUCACAAAUGAAGCACUGCAAUCCACAGCAAUAGAAAACACAGCAUGAGCUUGAGAGAAAAGUCCACAGUCAUUUAGGAAGAAACACAAACAGGACUGAAAACAACCGCAGCUUUAAGAGUCUGAAGUUCUUCUUCUUUUUAUUGACACAGAUGAUUUGCCUUACUUGAAGUGUCCCCUCCACACUGUGCUUAAACUCACCCCUGUGGCUUAUGGUAAGUCACUGCACUGUCACAACUCUGUGGAACAACAACAUGUUUUCCUUUAUUUGGAUGUGAUGUCAUUUUUCCUGUCUCCUCCCUUUAGGCUGUAAAGUGGACAUGUUUGACCUGAAGGUGGAGGCUGUUAACACUCACAGAGACAGACCAUUCGUGAGUUUUCGACCUUUUUGACGUCCCAUUAUGAUGUUCUCAGGAAGUUUGUCUGCCCGCUUCAGUGUAGCCCAUGUCAGGAUUACACAAACAUGAUCAGGGCUUCAAAACAACAUGAAUCCUGUGGAAAAUUGAAGGAAAAUGAUGUUUCUUAUUCAGCUUUCAGGAGCCUCAUAUCCAGACUCCUGUAAAAACCCCGACACCAGAUGCAUCAAACUCAGUGUAGGUUCUUGUUUGAUUGAACUGUGCAUGAAAAAGAACAUAAUGUAACUUCUGACUGGAUCUUAUCAUCACAGCAAGGUUGUGACACAAGCGGCUCCACUCAGCUAUCAGACAAACAAGGUCAAGAACAAGAAAUAAGAUUAAGUGAAGGUGAACAGAGGUUUAUUUUCUGACUGACAGUCAGCGAGGAUGAAAUUCGAAGCUUAAAAACAGGAAAAUAAAGUGAUAGCAGAAGAAACCCAUUUUGGUGGCCCAGAGCAGUAAAUUCCUCUUAGUUUUGUUGAAUGAGGAAAAGGUUUUUAGCUGGAAAUGGCAUGCUGCAUCUGUAAACAAUCCACAUGAGAUUGUUAAAUGAAAUCAGCUGAUAGACACUGAAGAGCUGAGGAGGAUGAAAAGCUUGUGUGUACAAACAUAUUGAUUAUAGUGACUCAACUACAUGGAUUAAAUGUACACAAAUACAGAAAAUUGCUUUUUUUAUUCAGUCCCUCUUCAGCGAGCUGGAGAUCUGCUCCCUUGCGUUAGUGUUUGCACUGAUUAGUUGAGGGAUAGAAAUUAAGAGGCCCAGCAGACGGAGUGGGCGUGAACACAUAAACACAUUUACUGAGAAAGCUCUUGUUUAAUGGGGUGAGAAAUGUCCUGCCUGCUGAGAACAACAAAACAAUUCCCUUUUUAUUUGCUCCUGUUUUUCUCCAAACUUGUUUAACUUUCUUCUUUAAAGUAACUAAGAAAAGACCCUCAAUAACGUCUCUAAUGUGUCUGUUUUGAUUCUCACUCCAGAGUAAAGCCAGAGGAGACGCUGUGCCACCAGCUUUCUUCCGACGGAACAGCUUCACCCCGCUCUCCAGCCACGAUCAGAUUAAACGGCCUCGUCUCUACAGCGCAGGGAACCCUCAGCAGGCCCGCACCUCCCAGGGCCCUAAUUUACCCAGCAUGCAAUUCCCUGAGGUAUCUGAGAAGCAAGAGCUGCUGCAAAGCGAGGUCAGUGUUGCUUGUAAUACAAGACAGAUUAAAAAGCUUUGAUGUAAGAUUUCUUUCAUUAGCUCUGAUAGCCAAGCACCAGUUAGUUAGAGUAAUAUAAAAAAUGUGGUUCAAGGGCCAAACACAUAGAAGUGUAGUAAUCUAAAGGUGAUACAAAGUGUCUGAGAUUGAUCAGAAUAUACUCAGAAAUUUAUAGGAUUAAAACCGCAAAUUAACAAGAAUGAAGUUGUAGUCUCAUAAAAAUAAAAGUCUAAUUUUAAUAGAAAGAAGUCAUAAUUAUGGGCUGUGGAUGAUCUGUAUUGAGGCUAAAAUAACCUAUCAGGUGAUGUUAGAAGGUCAGCAAGCUGCCUGCAUGAACACGAGGAACACGAGUCAUCUUAUUAAGUUUACUUACUGCAAUCAGCACUAACGAGUAAGUCCCUGAUUCUUCUAACAAGAGUGAGCAUUCAGGUAUCAAUGAAACUACUAAAGUAGAACUUCACAAGAUGCUAACAUUUAUGCAAAAUCUCCUUUUUUCAGAACUCAGAACUCAGAAGGGGGUUUAUUGCCAUUGUCAAUGAACAGGAUUCACAGACUCGGAAUUUGUUUCGGCAUGAUGGUGCAACAUUAAACAGAGAGUAAAAUGCUAUGUACAAUAAGUACAAGUAUUUUCUUUAAUAAAUGGACAACUUAACCCUCAAAAUUUUGAUUUUAUUCCUGGAAAUGUACAACUUCCAUCUCAAAAUCUAAUUUUUUCAGAGGCAGCCCUAAUACUUCACAGUCUAUCAUUGUUUUUAAAUGUAUGAAAUAAACAGACAUACUCAUCACGUGGAUCCUUGACAUGAUGGAAUAAAUCUUUGGUGUGUUUAAAGUGUUUAAAUCAGGAAGAAAGGACCUUUGUUGAGUUCACCGUGCUUCUAAAUCAGGGAGUGUUGGACUCGGUCUGCUGAGCUCAGGUUUUAAUAUUAGCUCCAGUUCACUCUGUUCCAGUAGAAACAAACACCUCAUUCCUCCUUGGGCCGGGUGUUUUUGUUAACGCAGUCAACCCACUCUCCUCUCUUUUUCCUGCAGGACUCUUUGAACGGCUUCAGAGCUGGAGACACAGACGACUAUGUUCAGAGUUGAAGAAAUACAAACUAAAAGGUGCCUAUAUAUGUUUUUUUUUUCACUUGUUUAAAACAUCUUGACCCUCCAUCUCAAAUAUUUGACUCUUGUGUUUCUCUCUGUCUUUUUAGGCCGCUCUUCAAAUGGAUUUCAGCAGAUAACAGGACCAGCGUUUAAACUAACCAUCUUCAGCCAUAACAGUAGUAACCACUGUAUCACACACCAUGUCUGUUACUAUAUUAAGGAAUCACUUUUAUGUUUUAAAGGUUAUGUGCUGUUAGCCUGUGUUUGCACAUACAAAUAUAAACUCAAUGCCACUGUAGCCUUAAAACCCACAUUCAGAUUCUGCAGGUAAGAGAAACACCAUCCAUUGAGCGCGCUCCUGUAGUACUGUAACUGUAGUCUCCAGGCGUAUCAUGCUGUUUUUGAUGUGUAGCGUGUUGAUUGUAAUCUCGUACCUCAUUGGAAACCAUUGCCUUGAAGGAAGCCGUGCACAGCCUUAGCUUUUCUUCUGAUGCUUUUUUUUUUUAGUUUGCUUUUGGAUCAUUCCAGGUUUAAUCCAUCCUUUUACACGUAGACUGUCAUUAAAUGUGUAAUUUAAAUGUGUGAAUUUGCGGUUGCAGACAUAAGCUUUAAAAGUAAUGAAAAGUUAAGUCUAGUUGUAAAAGUGCAGCAGGUACUGUGAGUUUUUCCUGUGACACUGUUUGUAUUCACUGAAGCUAUCCUGUAUAUGUUACCUUUCACUCAGUUAACAGCUGGGAUUUAACCAGCUGGAGUAAUGUGUGUUUGAACUCACUAUAACUGAUGCAUAUAUUACAAACACAAAGUGCUUAAUUAUUUAAAAACAGUUGAUAUUCAGAGUUUGAAACUGUGUAUUUCUGAUUUAACAAACCCUCAGUAUGUGAAAAGCGACCUUCAUGCUUUGUAAAUGGUUAACAUCCCUCCACGUCUUUAAACUCGACAUCAGGAAUGAACUCAUAAUUAGUCAAAGUGCCUUUAUUCAAAGGACUGAAAGAUAUUCAUCAAGACUAUUUAAAUUAUGGUAAUGAAGAUAUUGUAGCCUUUGCAUUAAAUGUAUCGGAAUAAACACGUUUUGAAAGAUUGGAAAAAAUUCAGGAUGUUGUUAAAAAGCUUUAAUGUUAUUAUUUUACACUCUGUGUUAAACGUACGGUAUUAAAUAAGCUGGAUUUUA